CUGAGGUCGAAGGGAAGGUACGGAGGCUUUAGGCCUAGGAUUAAAAUGGGGGAAACAUAAGGAAACACAGUUACACACUAUAAUAAUAAAAGUAAUUGCACACAACUGUGCCCCUGUUCUGGUCUACUGAAAACGGCUUCAGAAAUUAAUAUAUUACAAUUUAUAAGGGAUGGAGCUCCCAAACUACAGCAGACAGGUCUUACAGCAGUUGCACACAUUGUGCAAGGAGCAACAUUUUUGUGACUGUACUAUUUUCAUAGGUUCAUUGCAGUUUCGAGCACACAAGCUUGUGUUGGCAGCUGCAAGUUUACUUUUCAAAUCUUUACUUGAAAAUACAGAGGCUAUAUCUAUUGAUGCUUCUGUCGUAACUCCAGAGGAGUUUUCCCUUCUUCUGGAAAUGAUGUAUUCAGGAAAGCUGCCACCUGGAAAACACAAUUUAACUAAAAUUAUUUCUGUGGCAGACAGCUUGCAAAUGUUUGAUGUGGCUGUCAGCUGUAAAAAUCUUUUGACUGAACUAAUGAAUCACUCUACUGCGAGUCAGAAAUUAAAAGAUGCUGCAGUUCAGCCUGUACCCCCAAAUAAAACCGAAAUUAUUAAAAAACAUGACAUUGUAAAUCCCAGAAAUGAGAUAUCAAAUGAAACUACAGCUACUGAAAAAUUGGUGUCUCCCAUCAAAACGGUACCACCUGUUGAUUCGACCAAUGAUGGAUCAGUAUCGAAUGCAAGCGGGGAAGCCCACCCUGUUGCCAAACCGCUGGAAAGUGCUGUAAACUUGCUAUCUACAAAAAGUGUUUUACCUGACUCUACUGCAGAAAACCUUAAUAUGUUGGAAAAUUCUGAAAGUACAGUGGAUUUAAAAGAUCUGAAGACGAUGGUUUCACCUCCCGAUACAGAAACGCACGGUGAUCUUGCAAAAUUAGAUACAGUUGAUAACACUGAAGCAACUGAGAAAGUAGCCAGUCCUCUUAAAACUGCAACAGAAGAAAGCGUUCAGGCAAUACAGGAAGAUAGUUCUCAGGAAGAGGUAGAACAAGAGGCUGAAGUGUCAGAGGAUACUUGUGUAACACCUACACCGUGCACCUUUCCACAGCCUGAAGCAUUUGGUGACAAAGAGGAGAACGCUGAGCCGGCUUCGAAGAAAAGAAGACUUGAAGAAUACGAAACUAAAAGUAAUUCCAGUGAGUUGGAUUUUCUUAUCCGUUAUGAAAGUAUCUUCAGUGAAGCCCUUUCAGAUCCUCAGAGUGUGUUAGAAAAUCUUGAAAAAUGCAGGCAGAUCAAAGAAACUGAAAAACAGGCAGUAAUGGAGUGUUGUCAAGCUGAAGAGGGGAGCUCAACAUUCACCAAACUUUUAGAAAAGGUUAAAGAUGGACAGAGCAUUGUAGUGGAGACCGUUCUGGCUUUGCUUAAGUUGUGCAGGCACUCCAAUCCUAAUGUAAAUAAAGUAUUGCUUGAAAAGGAACCUCCAGAUGAACCAGAAGCAAAGAAAAAUGAGAAAAGCUUAUUUGACCUUCUGCUGGAACAUAAAGAGGAGCUCAUUCAAUCCAUUACAGAGCUGAGCCCUAUUAUUGAGUGUUUGGAUACAGCAGAAGAAGGCUUUCUAACAAACCGGGAGAAGCAGGUUAUUAUUCAGUGCUGUGAAGGUGGGUCACAUAAAGAGGCCAUGGCCAAACUUGUGGACAAAGUUACAGAAGCAAAGCUGCUAAGCCCAGAUUCUUUUGUAAAGCUCUUACAAGCGGUCAGGGAAGCAUUUCCUGAUCUUCACAGUUUGUUAGACAUGUUGGAGCCACAAACUAAAAAUUCAUGCAAUCCAGGUUUGCAGAGUCCAAAUGACUAUGGGACAGAACUUCUGAAACAAUAUUAUGAAAAUAUUUCUGAGGUUGUUACCAAUGCUGAGAGCAUGUUAAACAGCAUUAUGUCCACUUCUACUUUAACUGCUUAUGAAUCUGAGGUUAUGGAACAAAUUGUAAAGAAGAAUUCCAGCUCAAGAAUUUUUAGCACUUUGAUGGCCUCCAUUUUAGAAGAACAAUCUCUAACAUCAAUGCCUGUUUGGCAACUUCUCUUUUCAAUGCAAGAAUCCAACGUAGCUCUAAAAUCCAUAAUUGAAGAGAUUCGCAAAGAUCCAGGAGCUGAACACUUCUUUCAUAUCGUAAUCAAUCGAAAAAUUGAAGCUACAGAAAUAAUUCUUUGCUACAGUGAGAUAGUUGCACAAGCAUUGCAGCAGUGUGAUCUAAAGUCCAUAUCCCCAGAAAAUGAAGCUUUGACUGGACUUGUUAAAGAGCUUUCAAAUAUACCCAAUCAGAAAGAAGAUAGUGAGUUGCCUUCCAAACAGAUUAUAAGCUCUGCACUGAAAGACUCUGUUCCUGUCAUGCUACUGUGUGAUUUGCUCAGCACUAUCCAGGACUCUGUACCAGACUUGCAACCAGCCAUAAAAGAACUGGAACUACUGGGAUUAAUUUUCGGCAGCAAAGAUGAUUUACAGACCAUUAAUAAGUGGCAUGUAGACAAUGAGAGUCAGAUAGUGAUCAUGGAGUUUGAUAGUGUAAAAAGUCAGAUGGAUGGGGAAUCAAAAGAUGGUGAAAAUGAGGAGGGAAGUGCUGUCAAAGAGAACAUUGCUUCAACAAAAGACAGCGAAUCCACACAGUCAAAUAAAAAAAGUUAUAUUUGCAAGUCAUGUGACAAGAUAUUUCUGUUUCGCUGCCGCCUAGAGGUUCACAUGAAGCGAUGUCGAAUGGCAAAGAAAAAUCCUUUAGAAUGUAAGGAUUGUAAUGAGGUUCAAGCCUCUAAAAAAGAACUAGACCAACAUCGAGAAGAAGUGCAUGGUUGUGUGAUUUCUCCACGUUCUCAUAAAAUGAAAAGGCGCCAUUUUGUUACAUGUGACAUUUGUGGUAAAGAAUUUGCUCAUCCCUCAGGAUUGCAGUAUCACAAGCGGACAGAGCAUUUUGAUGAGAAACCAUUUUCAUGUAAUGAAUGUGGGGCCAAGUUUGCUGCCAACUCCACACUUAAGAAUCAUCAGCGUCUUCACACAGGAGAACGGCCUUUUGUGUGCAAGCACUGCCAUAUGACUUUUACUCAGGCUGCUGCCCUCUCGUACCAUACAAAGAAGAAGCACUCUGAAGGAAAGAUGUAUGUCUGCCAGUAUUGCGAUGCUGUCUUUGCACAGUCAAUUGAACUAACUAGGCACGUGCGAACUCACACAGGAGACAAGCCAUAUGUCUGUAGGGAAUGUGGGAAAGGAUUUAGUCAGGCCAAUGGUCUGUCAAUUCAUUUACGAACAUUUCAUAAUAUUGAAGAUCCCUAUGACUGUCAAAAGUGCAGAAUGAGCUUUCCCACUCUGGAAGAACACCGGCAGCAUAUACAAGUAGUACACUCCAAGGAAUAUCAUCCCUGUCCCACAUGUGAAAAGAUAUUCAGUGCUCCCUCACUCUUAGAGCGCCACAUUGUUACCCAUGUGGGUGGGAAGCCUUACAAUUGUGAGAUAUGUGACAAAGCUUACCAGCAAUUGUCUGGCUUAUGGUAUCACAACCGUACCCAUCAUCCCGAUUUGUUUGCGGCUCAGAAUCAUCGCUCACCUAAAUUUUCUUUACAAUGUACUUCCUGUGACCAGUCCUUUUCUAACACAUCCAUGCUUCAGAAACAAGCAAAGGGUGAACACACUGAUGACAAACUUUUUGUGUGUGAGAAAUGCAAGCAGACAUACCCAACAUUUGCAGCACUACAAGUACACGUAAAAUGCAAGCACUCAGGGUCCCAGCCGUUCCAGUGUCUUUAUUGCAAUGAGUCAUUUCAGUUUCCAGGAGCUUUGCAGCAUCAUGUUGCCACAGAGCAUUUCAGUGAAACAGACAAUACUUUUGGAUGUGAAUUGUGUGGGGAGCUUUUCACUGCCCAGCCCCAGCUUGAGAAACACUAUGAAACAGACCAUCCUGAAAUCUUAUUUGCAGAUGCUCCAUCUACAGAGACUCAAGUGGUGCAGGUUAUUCAGGAUCAAGUAACAUCUGCUGAGCAGGUAAUAACCUUAGAUGAAUCUCAACUGUCAAGCUCCCAAGUAAUUGUGGCAUUACCAGAUUCUCAGACCAAUCAGGCAGCUACAGAACUGGUGGCAGUCAGUAUGGAGGAUUUAUUGGAUGGGACAGUUACUCUUAUUUGUGGAGACUCAGUAACUGGAGUAACACAAAGAACUCAAAGCUAGAUUGGCAACCAGCGCAGAGAUGACAUUUCUUCAAAAUCCUUUCUUCACACUUGGAUUUUCAUUUUGGUUGUAUAGGAAAACGUUUGUUUUGUU